AUCGUUUUGCCCACAGGGCCAGCCCUGUGGGCAGCAGAUGAGCCAGAGAAACUUGUGUGUUACUGUGUGCGUGUGUGCAUGUGUGCUGCUGAGCUGUAAGCAGAAGAGCCCCGCCAGGCAGCCUGCUGAAACUGGGCACAGUCUCCCGUCCAACAGUUCGUCUCUCUUGUUUCCUUCAGAUGAUGCCUUGGAUUUAGCCAACCCACACAAGUGCUAUGAAUAAGACACUGGACAAAAUACACACUUCUGGAGGACUCGGACAGAAAGCAGAGAUUUUUCAGAGUGGCAAGGGUAAUGAGAGUGUCUUCCCCAGCUCAGCAAUCAUCCCACUGGAAGAUCCUUCACUCACUCCAAAUGCUCAGAGGACUAGGACCAAGUUUUGCAAGGGGAACAGGAAUGUUAGAGAGGGGGAGGACUCUUUAUCUUCCUCUGUUCCAAACCCCUUUCCUGAACUUCUACCUCCAACUGUUUCCGGCUCCAUCUCUGAAUGUUUAUUGCCUUGGACAAAACCUAAUGCAACUCAGGUGAUAAAAGUGUAUGAUGAAAACAACACCAGCAAGGCUGUAGAGGUGCCCACUGAUGUCACCGCCAGGGACAUAUGCCAGCUAUUUGUCCUGAAGAAUCACUGCAUUGAUGACCACAGCUGGACUCUUAUUGACCACCUCACCCAGCUAGGAAUAGAAAGGACCAUAGAAGAUCAUGAAUAUGUUAUGGACGUGCUAUCAGGCAAUGGGAUGGAGACUGACAGUCGGCUGUAUUUUAGGAAGAAUUAUGCUAAAUAUGAAUUCUUUAAGAAACCGCUGGACUUUUUCCCAGAUCAUAUGGUUUCAAUAUCAACAGAAACUAAUGGCAUUGUGGAUCACUCCGAGCUUAUUGAGACCUUCCUCAAAUCCAGCACUUGUCCUGAGAUCCAUGGCCACCUUCAUGUCAAAGAGCAAAGCAAGAAGUCCUGGAAGAAGUUUUAUUUUGUUUUACGGAGGUCAGGGCUUUAUUUUUCCACCAAGGGAACUUCUAAGGAACCAAGGCAUCUCCAGUUCUUUGCUGAUUUCGCAGACAGUGACAUCUACACUGUUUUAUCAGCCAAAAAAGCGCAUGGAGCACCAACAGAGUUUGCUUUCUGUGUCAAGGCUACAAAGUGCAGUUCAUCUCGUGAUUUGAAACUGCUUUGUGCGGAUGAUGAGCAGACCAAAACCUGCUGGAUCACAGCCAUGCGCUUGUUAAAGUUUGGGAUGCAACUUUACCAAAACUUCAUUCAGCCUCAUCAGAAGCAAAAAGUCUCACCAAUGAGAAGCAUCUCUGAGAACUCACUGGUGGCCAUGGACUUUUCUGGUCAUAAGACUCGAGUGAUCGAGAACCCGUCUGAAGCUCUCUCUGUGGCUGUGGAGGAAGGCCUGUCAUGGAGGAGGAAAAGCUGCCACCGUUUGAGUGGUCAUGGGAGCCCCUCCUCCGCACAGAGCUCAAUUCCAAACCUAGCAAUCCACUUGGCUCAGCCGUGGUUCCAUGGAAAGCUGUCUAGGGAAGAAGCUCAGCAUUUAAUUACCCAGCAGGGUCUUAUUGAUGGAGUGUUCCUUCUGAGGGACAGUCAAAGCAACCCAAAGACGUUUGUUCUCUCACUCUGCCACAUGCAGAAAAUCAAACACUUUCAGAUUCUACCAGUGGACGAUGAAGGGGAGCUGUUCUAUACUUUGGAUGACGGUCACACACGAUUUACUGAUUUGAUCCAGUUUGUGGAGUUUUACCAGUUAAACCGUGGGACUCUCCCCUGCAGAUUGAAGCAUCACUGUAUCCGGAUCACCCUGUGAAAUGGACACUCAAGACUCCCCAAUGGGCCCUUCACUCUGGAUUUUGUUGGACAAUUUUUUGCCUUACAGAAGAACAACGUAGAGACUAUGGUUUUCACAAUGUGGAACAUUCUCCAUCUUACUUUUUCUCUUUCAGGAAAGGUCAGCUUUCAGAAUGGACUGCAUAACCAUUAUAGAUUGCAAAUAAGAUUAUUUUUUAACUCAGUUGUGUCUCUACAUGUAUUGGGAAAUCUAUUUUGCAAAGCCUAAUCAUGAUGUUUUGCUCUAAAAAGUGUGAAAUUUUGUCACUUCACAAUAUAAGUGAAACUUUUUUGUAAUAGCUGAUUUUCUAAUGGUGUACACAUACAAUAUUACUGAAACUCCUUUAUACUCUACAACCACAAACUUUAUUAUAUUUUAUUGGGAUUUGUUUUUCUCGGUAUGCCAAGAUGCAUAAUGAUGAAAGAGAAGUGGUUCUGAAAAUGUAAAAAAAAAAAAAAUCUGAAAUUUCUCCCUUUGCAAUUACAGCUCCAAAUGCUUUGGAAGAUGUAUCUAAUGACUAACAUUUUCACAAAAUAGCUUGUCAAGUUUUCAGUGACCUCAACUGACCACAGCAUUUUUCUUCCGUUCUUCCACAUUUGCUGUGUCUCAUAUAUGUCUUGGGGAAAACUCCAAAAAAACUUCUUAAGAUUUUCUCCUUGCCAAUUUUCUGUAAAACCCAGAUUUGUGGAGCACAUAACAAAUACUAUAUCUUCCCUGCCUUCAGAUUAUCCCACUUGAGCGGUGGAUCUCUCCAAUUCCUCCAAAGUUACCACAGGACUCCCAGCUGUCUCUUCUGAUGAAUGCAUUUUUGCCUGGCC